UUAUACACCUGCGCAAUGCACGUAUUUGCAUCUAGGAGUAGAUAAUUUCAUGGAAACAGAAAAGUACUCUGUGAAACAACCAAACAAACAAAGAAAAGAACAGGUAAAAGCUAAAAUGGAAAAUAAGUGAAAGUAUAGGAUGAAAAUGAAAACAGAAAAAGAAAAAGGGUAACACUGAAAAUAAUGUAAAGUUGGAGGACCAAAUGUAUGUUUGCAAAAAUAAUCUGCCGUCUCCCGCUUCUUCUACAGUGGCAUCACCUUCUCCCUCCCAGUCCCAACGGUUCAUUCAAUCCACAGCAGAGGAAUUGCAGAUCGAAGAUGGAGGAGUACUUGCAGUACAUGAAGACUCUGCGCUGUCAAAUGAACGAUGUGGAGGAUCACGCGGCGAAGAUCUCGUUCGAGGAGCAAAUGCUCAUCACUGGCAUUCAAGCCCUCGAAGAUGACCUCAGCUCAGUGAAGCUAGAAAUGCAGAAACUCAGUGAUGGAUCGGAGCAUAUAGCCAAGGCAAAAGGACAGACAUGCUUCCAACUGUUGGAGGUGCAGAGAAAAGUUUCUGCUUUGGAGUCUGACUCUUGCAUGCUUAUCCAGAGUUUGGAGCUCAUGCAACAAGAAAGAGCCGGUUUAUCUGCAAAAUUACUAGAACAAAGUGCUUUCUAUACCAAAGUUGCAGAGGAACUCAAUGCCAAAUUUCAGGACCAGCUGGAACACUUUCAUUCUCAUAGAUGCACUAUUGGGCAAAGAAAGCAUUCCAUGGGACAGGGCAAUGAAAAAGUGAAGAGGCACAAGUUGAAUCUUCGUACUGCCAUUACCAGGUUCAAUGAAAUCAGAGGAUUAAAUGCUCAGAUUGUAGCAGAAAAUGCUGAGAUGAAGGAAUAUAUCAUGCAAAUGAAGUGCAGGGCUAGUGAUUUUAAGCAAGAGCUGAGAGAAAUGGAUAUUGAGACCCUGGAGAAAGGCCCUGCGACUAUCUCUUCAGACAAGGUUGGAUAAACCAAAUGGACAAGGUGUGGGGAGAUGUCCUCAUGCUUUGACAGGAUCGACUCAUCACCAUUUGGGAGCAUCGCAUGAUGUCAAGUAAUGCCUGUCGAGAAGAAUACAAGAUCGAGCCAGACAGGGGGAGCAUAGGAGAGGGAACCACUGGGAAAAAAGGUAUUACAGAAGAAAUGAGGCCAAUAACUUCGAGAAGUCAAGGAACAUAACGACUAACAAGUGCAUUAUAUUUUGUUUGAUGAGAAAUUGUACAUUCUAUAUCCUUGGUUGAUGGAUGGGUUGAUAGAACCUGGUUCACAUUCUUUUGCCAUGUGCUAUAUAAAAUCGACGAUGUGCUCCCCA